AUGAAGACAUCAACCGUUCUGGGCACUUCAGUGCUUGCCCUGGCCGCCCGAGUGCCGGGAGCCUCUGCGCAGAACAGCACCACCAGCGCCGUCCCGACCACUGUCACUGCUACCGCGACCACGGCAGCAUGUGCUCUCGUGAGCUCCGCCUGGGCCGCCCAGUCCGCCGCCACGGCCACACCGACUAUAGAGGCUUCCGUUGCCUAUGACUGUCUCAACAGUGUGCCGCUCGCCAAGGACGCCGCCAUCAAGUUCAUCGACGAGAUCGUUCCUUAUCUCGAGUGGCAGUCGGACACGGCCUUCAAGAAGAACCCGCCCGAGGACUACUUCUACCCUGGCUAUGACUUCUGGGAGGCGCUAUACGAAAUCAGAGAUGCUCUCGAGGCAGACUCGUACACCAACGAGUACUCGUGGCAGGCCGACUUGUACAAGAAUGUCUUUGGCCCGGGCCACGACGGUCACUUUGUCAUCUACACGGAUCUGCUGACUGCCGCCAUCGAAUGGGGCCGGCGGUUGGCUCUGGUCUCCAUCAGCGAGGACGGCAGCUCCUUGCCAGUCAUUAAAGUAUAUAGCGAUGUCAUCUCUUCUCCAGACACGGCCUCGGUGGUCACACUCAUUAACGGCCUUGACGCCGUCACUUAUCUCAGCGACUGGAUCUUCCAGGCUUCUAGUAACCAAGAUGCCGAUUCAGCAUACAACUCCAUGUUCUGGUCCAAGGCUUACAACCAGAGUGGCGUUGAGGGUUACUUCAAGUCUGGUGGUCGUGUUCGCUACAUUUACCCCGAGGCUGAAACCACACUCACUUUUGAAAACGGCACAGAAAUCACCAUCUCCAACAUUGGCCGCAUAAAGGGCAACUGGGCCGGUGUCACUGAUGGGCCUUCAUUCUUUACACGAUUCGUCUCGGGUGCCAUUGGAGUUACCACGAGCACUGCCACGUCUUCGGCAGCAACCACUACUACUACUUCCACGGUCAUUGCCACCACUACUACCACCACCACCGCCUCGGCUACUGCUACUGCUGAGCCUGAUGGUGCCGCCUUGCCUGGCUAUCCCGGCGAUCCCGUCGUCGUCUCUUCCGAUUCCAUCGUCUCGGGCUAUUUCCUCGACGGCGAAGGCUUUGAAGAUGUCGGAGUUCUGGUCAUGACCUCGUUCUCCCCAGAGGACCCGGCAGAAUUCCAGGAAAAGGUCCAGGACUUUUUCGCAGCCGCCGUCGAUGCUGGUAUCAAGAAGCUCGUCCUCGAUGUCCAGACCAACGGCGGAGGCUACAUCUUCCAGGGCUACGACACGUUCCGCCAGCUGUUCCCGGACAUUGUGCAGAACGGUACCGGCCGCUGGAGGCACUCGGACGGUUUCACCGCCGUAGCCGACGUCUUCUCCGCCGCCUGCGAGGGCUAUGACCCCAACACGGCCUCUGAGGACCUCAUCUUCACCUGCGAAUCCGUCUUCAACUGGCGUUACGACAUUGACGUCAAUGACGAAAACUUCAAGUCCUUUGACGACAAGUUUGGCCCGCUGACAUACAAUGGCGACAACUACACCGACGUCAUGCAGUGGAACUUUAGCAACCCGCUCGACACCAGCAACACCACCUAUGGUAUUGGUUACGACGUCACCGGCUACGGCAGCCGCACCAACUUCACCCGCCCCUUUGGUGGCCCCGAGAACAUUGUCAUCCUACUUGAUGGUUACUGUGCCUCGACCUGUACCCUGUUCUCCCAGUUCCUGAAGUGGGAUGCUGGCGUCAAGUCCAUUGCCAUGGGUGGACGUCCCGUUGAGGGCGCCAUCCAGGGCGUCGGAGGUGUCAAGGGUUCGCAGUCUUACUCGUACUCCUCCAUCUACUCGCAGAUCGACUUGGCUCGCGGCCAAACCAAUGACACGGACAUCCUGGCCGAGUUUGACCGGUACCAGGAGUAUCCUCUACAGCGUGGCUCGGCCUUUAGCUUGAACGUCAAGGACGAGAUCCUCCCCCAGAACCUUGACGACGGCACGCCGGCACAGUACAUUGCCGAGUACGCCGACUGCCGCCUGUACUGGACCGCCGACAUGCACACCAACAUCACCAACCUGUGGAAGGCUGCCGCCGCCGCCGCCUUCAACGGCGCCCCCUGCGCCUACGGUGGCUUCAACACGAGCGACACGGACCGGACCAGCUCGUACCAGACUCGUCCCAGCUUCACGAUCCCCUCGAUCGUGCACUCGGUCCUGCCCGUGGUCGAGAGUCUCUUGCCCAUCAAGCUCAAGGCCCACGAAUUCAUUUUGUCGCAGCAACACAUGGUUGUUAUUGAUUAA